AUGCUGCAAGAACCUUGCAAAGAAUAUUUGCAGUUCCGAACAAUGCUGAUUUUUUUUCAAGAAUUUUUCUUCACUGACUACGUGAAAUUUUCUUUUGCUGUGUCAAGGAAACCGUUUUCGUACACCAAACCCUUAGUGAACUCUACGACACCAUAUGAAGCGGGUGGUUAUAUCACGCACCACGCUGGGAGCAACUUUGCUGCGGACUAUUUCUUCUCAUCGCCUAUGAACUCAUUCGUGUUCACUGUUCAGAUUCCGACAGAAACAGAUUCGUCCUGUCAAAAUUUACUGAACAUUCUCGAAUGCCAGGUCACGGUUCCAUUAGAAUCAAGCUAUCAAUCUGGAGUCUUCCAAGCAUUUAUACGUAGCAACACAUAUGCAGCAGAGCGAUACUUGCAAAUUUACUUUGGCAACAGAGUUAGAGCGGAGAAGAUAUCAAUACUCAUGGAACACUAUACAAGAGGAAAAGUAAAAGUUUUUAAAAUGGCUUACAGUGACGAUGGUAUGAGCUGGGUAUCGGGACCGAUGAUCACAGUAGAUCAUCUAUACAAUAUAACCAUUACAAGACCACUAGAAUCUAGAUAUCUUCGCUUCUUCGUUGUGGAACAUCAUGGCACUGAAGAUAACUUAGUUGCUCUCAAACUAGAACUUUUCGGUUGUGAAAUAACUACUGAUGUAACAAAUGUUUGUGCAAACGCUCCGCCACUGCAGUACCCGACCGGAUGGUACCACAGAGGAUUUUUAGAAGUGGAUUCGAAAGUUUACGUCUGCGAUGCCAAUCCUAAGAAAGACUUACAGAUGUUCUGCUAUUAUUCAGAAGACGGUAUGAGUUGGUAUCCACUGGAUCCACGAUUGGGAAACGUGAAUGUCUACGACAAGGAAAAGAAAGUGUUAUAUGGUAUCUCCAAUGAUAAAGUCUCCUAUAUGUCAAGCACGGAUGGAUUAUUUUGGAAAUCCGUUGAACCAGCUACAGUCAUCGAUUUAAUAAACGGAUGCACGCUUCCAAAAUGUAUCAAAGUAUUGACAGUUCCUUGGCGAAAUGGCACCUAUCUUGGUACAGAUACAGUAUUUAGCAGCUUCACAAUGGAGAACUGGGGAGCAUCAUACAAUGGACUUUUCAAGAAGAAUAACGGUGCCUGGGAGUAUAAAGCAGACUGGUCAAACUGUGGCCCUUAAGAUGCAGCACACACAUACACAUACACACACACGUAUAUAUGUAUAUAUAUGCACUUAUAUAAAACAUUUAAUAUAUUUCUUGUGACUAUUUAGCCAUUUUAUGAUCUUCACCAACUUACCAGACUCACACACACAUAUAAUAAUAUAGACACCAGCUUGCUUGUCUCCUUAUUUACACACCUGAAAGAUAAAAGAUAACUAACAGUUCUGUAUUAUUUCCAUCUCUAUUUACCUUGAAAAUACCAAAAGCUACCAGAAAUAAAAUGAUGUAAAGACAAAAAAGAAAUAGCAUAAUCUCACUUGUUUGCUUUUCAAUUCCUUUAAUUAUUUUUGUUUUAAAAAGCAAAAUAAUUGUUUCAAUUUUUAUUGAGCCCCUUAUAUAUAUAUAUAUA